AUGGGCAACCACCCCUCCACCACCCGCUCCUCCAGGUCCACCCCCUCAUCCACAUCCACACCCCGCUCAUCAACCUUCUCCUCACCCCGCUCAUCACGCACCUCAACCCCCCGCUCCUCAACCUUCUCCUCCUUCUCACCCCGCACCCCCACCUUCCCCAAACCAGUAGCAACCCGCACCCGCUCCUGGCUCUCCUCCACCUCUUCUCGCUCCUCAUCCUCCACAUCAUCCCCCACUCUCUCCCUGUCCCUCUCUCCAACCACCACCACGGCCACUGCAUCUGGAGAGGAGGAGGAGGACGAAUUCACACCCCCCACCACCGACGACCGGGAAUACGAGGUUAAGCCGAGGCCGUUGAGGCUUGGGUAUCCUUAUUAUGAGGACGUACUGUGGGAAGCUGAGUUAGCGCGACGGAGUAAGUGCGUGAGUCCGAAGAGGAAGGAGAGGAGGAGACGGGAGGUUAGGGGGGGACUUGGGGGUGGAGUUGAGUUGAGUGAUAGGAAAUGA